AUGGUGGAGGUGCUUCCGCAGCUCUGUGCAAUCGGAGAUCGACAUACUCUGGUAGCGAAUGUCGUCUUUCACUUCGUUGGCUCCAGCAACGUCCCAAGUGAGCGCAUGUCAAGGUAUUUCAAGCACGGCUAUCUGCAGGCGUUGAACUAUGUGUACUCGGACCGGAGCUUCAAAGAGCCUCCUCUGGCAUUUUCCUCGGUGCAGCAUGCGCGCGAGAUCAUCUUCUCGCCACUCAACCGGCGGUUGGUGCGGGAGGUGAGUCCUGCCAUGCGGCCGCAGCCGCUUGAGGACCUCGCUGGCAACGUUGAAGCUGCGCUUUACAGAUUUGCAAUGUACAAUACCCGUGCCAAGGAAUACGUUUGCGUCAAUGGCCUAUUCCGCGCGGUUGGAGCACGGGAGUUUUCACGGACGGUGAGGCUGUUGCGCCUUCACCACAAACUGCUUGACACUUUGGAAGCCAGUACUAUCAACGAAUACUUCGUGGAUACGUUUGCCGACGCGUCGGAGAUCGCUCAGCUUGAGGCCGUCGAUAUGGCGUUGACGCUGCUACAGCAGCAGGGUCACCCGGAUCUAUAUGCACCUUUUGUAGCUGGAUCAUGGCGUGCUGCGGACGUGCUACAGCAAGUUGUAGAGUCGGAGUCGAAGACGGCGUUGGAGCAGUUCUUCGCUUCGGCACCUCAGUCUACGAUCUCCCAAGCGUGUGACAUGCUGCGUUCGACCGACAUUAAGACAGGGUUGCUUAGGUUUCCUUGGGGUUAUGUGGAGUCGCAGAACCUUAUCAUGCGCCGUAAUGAGGACACUGCCGCUAUCACCGGAAAGACGCUGGAGGAUGGCAACGACGUAAAACUAGAAGACAACGAUGAGGAAAUAGAAGAAUUCAGGGAGUACACCAAUCUCCCUCAUACUGUGGAUACUGUGGCUGAUGUCAUACACAUGUUGAAGUCGUUGAAGCGAUAUGCACAGCAGCAUGCGGAGACUCGAGACGGGUUGGUGUCGGUUCACAUUGAACGUGACGCUGUUGCAUUCGCGACCCCUAGAUCGACUUUCAUUGUGGACCUUUUAGUCAGCGACCCCCUGUAUCAGUCUACCUUGUUCCAGCUGCUGGCUUGGCUGUGGUCCAACAGCGGUUUGGUGAAGAUCGGACACAACCUGCUGCCGAAGGUCGCAAAACUCGCGUCACAGUUCGACCGUCCGUUCACGGCAUACGUGAACAUGGUGGAUCUGAGGAACCAGCGCUCCAGCACUGGUCCUCAGAUUGGCGACGAGGCGGUCACCAGGUUCAAGCCAUCAGGUGAUCCUAUUAGACGUCUCUUUAACGUAUAUGCAGGCAUAUCACGCACGCUUAAGGGUCUGCUUCAGGAGUACAAUAUUGCAGUGCCUCAUUUUGACAGACAGUGGAGCGCGGAGCAGCGUCCAAUAUGCCCCUCAAGGGCCCGCUACAUGGAGCAGAUGGCGACGAGUAUGCUGAGUAUUGAGGAACAGCUGAGGGACGAUGGGUGGAUGCCAACGGAUUUCUGUGACCUGAGUUCGUAUGACAACGGUAAGUUGGUAGCCGGGGGUAUCUUUAAACAUGAAAUAGAGCGUGCGUGCGAGGAGCUUGAGCAGCGCAUCGAAAAUGCGCUGCUGUGA